CGCCCGUUGCCCUCAUCGCGAUCGCGCUCCGUCUCCCGUCCCCUGCGCUCCGCGAUUUCCUCGUGCAGCACCGCGUAACGCCUUCCAGCGCCCCAUCGCAACGCAGGUGUUGCUCACCACCCUCCCAGCCAUGUCUGAUGACGCGACAGCAAGCGCAUCCGCGCAGGACUCUGCCCUCGCUGGAGAAGGCGCCACAGACGUGAGUGCGCUUGAUCAAGACACAAACAUGCUCGAAGACGGCGUCAAGGAGUCGUCAAAUGAGCCCACGGCCGCAACACCUGCCGCUGCAUCAGACAACCCGCUAGACGCACCCGAGGGGCCGCGGCCCGAAGCUGAAGAUGCCGACGGCCAGGAAGAUGAGGAAAUGGGCGGCGUCGACGAUGCGAAGAAGGACAAUGGCGAGAGCGCCGAAGCUGCGGACCCCGAAGCACAAGCAAAAGCCGACUUGCAAUCGGCAGCACGCUCGCACUUUGUCACGCAGACGUAUGCGACCAUUAUUCCCAGCUACGCGACUUGGUUCGACAUGCGCUACAUCGACUACCGCGAGCGCAAGGCCCUCCCAGAGUUCUUCAACGGCCGAAAUCGCAGCAAGACCCCGGCCGUCUACCGCGACUACCGUGAUUUCAUGAUCAACACAUACCGCCUCAACCCAUCCGAGUACCUCACAGUCACCGCAUGCCGAAGGAACCUUGCCGGAGACGUGUGCGCCAUCAUGCGCGUGCAUGCCUUCCUCGAGCAGUGGGGGCUGAUCAACUACCAGGUUGACCCACAGGAACGCCCAUCAAACAUUGGCCCACCAUUUACUGGCCACUUCCGCGUCACAGUCGACACUCCCCGUGGACUGCAGCCCUUCCAGCCCGGGCCAGGCUCAAAAGUGACAGAGGGAAAGCAACUUGCAGCAACCGACCGUGCCGCCAGCCAACAACCGACCGCAAAGAGCGAGACCAAGUCUCUGGCAGGACGGAACAUCUACGAGCCCAAUGGCAAGGAAGCUUCCGCUGAGCCCAAGACAGCCAAUGGCGAAGCUGCUGCAAACGGCGGAGCCGUCGAUGUCAAGGAUCUCGAGGCUGCCGCGAAAGAGCCGACCAAGGUCAUCAACUGCUUCAGCUGCGGUGUCGAGUGCACACGUGUACAUUUCCACGAGACGAAGCCUUCUGAGCAGCCAGGUCAGCUCAAGGCUGCAGGGGGUCUCAAGCGGGACUUGUGCCCCAGGUGUUUUGUAGAGGGCAACUUUCCCUCUGGCACAUCAUCAGCAGACUUUACCAAGAUCUCAAACCCAGAGGAUUUGGCAGCCACCGAGACUGAGGAGAAAUGGACGGAAGAGGAGACUCUUUUGCUGCUUGAAGGCUUGGAGGAGUUCGAUGACGACUGGAACCGCGUCGCAGACCACGUACAGACCAAGACCCGUGAACAGUGUGUGAUGAAGUUUCUUCAGCUGGAGAUUGAAGACAAGUACGUCGAGUCAGAUCCACCAGAGUCGCAGUCGGCAGCUCCUUCAACCAAGUUCCUGCGCGACUUGGAAUACCUCAGCGAAGGCCGCGUUCCAAUUCACCACGCAGACAACCCCAUCCUCAGCGUGGUCAGCUUCCUAGUUGGUCUUGCACCCGCAAACGUCACGGAAGCUGCAGUGGCUUCAGGGCGCAGCGUCAACGAGAUGAAGCGCAUUUUGCAAGAAAAGAUCAACAAGGCUCCCACAGCGCCGUCUGAGAAGGGCAAGGAAAAAGAAGGCGAGCAGUCCACACCUGCUGCCACCGCUUCGGACAUGAAGCCAGAGGGCGGAGAUGCUAUGGACGUCGACGCUUCUGAAUCCAAUGCCGUAGCCACAAAAGAAACCGAGUCUUCAUCAGGCGUCAAUCCCCUGGCAACCCUUCCAUUUGCCCUCUCCGCGGCGCGCUCCUCUGCGCUUGCUUCGCACGAAGAACGACACAUUACACGUCUGGUGUCGGGUGCUGUCAAUCUGCAACUCCAAAAACUGCAGCUCAAGCUCGCUCACUUCAAUGACUUUGAGAAGCUGCUUUCAGCCGAGCGCCGCGACCUGCAGCGCCGCCGUCAACAACUCUUCAUGGACCGCUUGAACUUCCAACGUCGGGUACGCGCAUUGGAAGACGCAACCAAGAAGAUUAGCAGUUCCAUGGGCGGCCAAGGGCUGCCUGGCAGCAUGAGCAACGAGGACGCCGUACAAGCCCUUACCGAAGCCAUAAGAAUGUUUGGCGUCGGCAAAGGCGACGACAGCAUGGGCGUCAAGGGCGACAGCAUCGACGCCAGUGUCGCGCAACCCAUUGCCGAGGGUGCAGAUGGUUACAGCAAGAUAGAGAUUUAGAAUCCCCCCUUUCUUCCUCCUCUUUAUUCACGCAUAAUCGACACGAGAAAGACGAACGGGCGGCGGGCGGGGGCAGAGAAAGAGAGGAGGUCCAUGAUUCACAGACGUGGCAAUAGCGCGUACGUGGUUAUGCGUGGGUACAAAAGGAAACUUCUUCUUCCGCUUUCCUUGAACUACCCAUAGUCAUAACCACAAGCAGCAGCAGCAUCUAACCAGUUGAUCCGAAAUUCCAAGCUUUUUUUUGGCUCCAUCUUCCUCUUCCUCCUCUUCUUCUUCUUCUUUUGGCUUGUCCCUCUCCCUCCCUCUCCCUCCCCUAUACGAUGCUGGUUUGCAACGCGUUGAACAAACAAACAAACAAACCUUUUUUUUGUACAUGCGGUCGAGCUCCCAAUACAAGAGAAGAAGAGAAAAGAAAAAAUGUACUCAAGUCAUCAUCAUAUCUUGAUCUUGAUCUUGU